AUGUGGAUGUCUGGCAUCUUUCGAGUCAACCUGCUGGCGAUCGUGAUCCACACUGCGAGCGGCAGGCUCGGCUCGCAAGAUGUCAAGGUUGGUGGACUAGUGCUGAGCCCCACGCAGCCACUCUUUGCCAACAGCUCGGUGCGCGUCACAAGCGGAGCUUGCGGUCCAGGUACCGUUCCGGGCUCUGUGUAUCCAGUCGCAGAAGGGCGGGAAAUCCACAAGGCAACUUCGAAAGACUGGCGCUGGUCCGACACGGGGCUGCAGCACUGUGCGGACGGAGUCGAGACUUGCGCGUAUCGCUCCGACUACGGCCCAGGUGCUUACUGGUGUCCCCUCCCACCUGGCGGAUCGGCUGCCGACAAGCUGCUUUGCCGUUGUGA